CCUUCUUUCAGAUUGACACUUACUUUGACCAAUCGUCUCACUGGGUGGUGUUGGAUAACACUUUCGAGCAACCAAUCAGGAAAGGGUUCAUUGAAAGGAGACCUGCUACUGUGCCGUCUUUGUGUUGACAUCUUCGGAGGAUUGAGAGGAGAGGCCUCCAACAUCCUCCAUGAUGCUGUCUAGCAAGAAGUCAGAUGCUGGCUCCUCUUCAUCCUCCUCUUCAUCUUCUGCCGGAGCAGCCGGAGGGGAUAGGGCCCCGGUCUCUGAUGCGCAGACUGGUCCGUCAGCCUCAGCUGCAGGUCCAAUGGAUGCAAAAAAGAAGGAAAGGUCGUCCCCUAGUGGGGAACCUGGGGGAGCCCCUAUGCCCCACCAAGCAGGCCCUGGUGGAGUAGACCAAGACUCUGCAGAAGUUCGCAGAACGAGUCGUCGCAAGCGAGCAAAACAGGUGGAGUACCGCGAGAUGGACGAAAGCCUGGCCAAUCUGUCGGAAGACGAAUAUUACUCUGAGGAGGAGAGGAAUGCCAAGGCAGAGAAAGAGAGGAAGCAGGUCAUCCCACCACCAGCUCCACCAGUAGAGGAAGAGAAUGACAGUGAACCAGAGGAACCAUCUGGUGUAGAAGGAGCAGCUUUCCAGAGCCGUCUUCCCCAUGACCGUAUGACAUCCCAGGAGGCUGCCUGCUUCCCUGACAUCAUCAGCGGUCCCCAGCAGACUCAGAAGGUCUUCCUCUACAUCCGAAAUCGUACGCUCCAACUGUGGCUGGACAACCCGAAGAUCCAGCUGACCUUUGAGACCACAGCACAGCAGCUUGAAGCUCCAUACAACAGUGAUGCUGUGCUGGUCCACAGGAUACACAGCUACUUAGAAAGGCAUGGUCUCAUUAACUUUGGCAUUUACAAGAGGGUCAAGCCAUUGCCUACCAAGAAGACCGGGAAGGUUAUAGUCAUUGGCGGAGGUGUGUCUGGCCUCGCUGCAGCCAGGCAGCUACAAAGCUUUGGGAUGGAUGUUACAGUAUUGGAGGCCAGGGACCGGGUUGGAGGCAGAGUGGCCACAUUUAGGAAGGGCAACUAUGUUGCUGAUCUGGGAGCCAUGGUGGUGACAGGCCUGGGAGGGAACCCCAUGGCUGUCAUCAGUAAGCAGGUCAACAUGGAGUUGGCCAAGAUCAAACAGAAGUGUCCACUGUAUGAAGCCAAUGGCCAGGCUGGUGAAAGAUGCACAAGUGUGCCAAAAGAAAAGGAUGAGAUGGUGGAGCAAGAGUUCAACAGAUUGCUGGAGGCUACCUCCUACCUCAGCCACCAGCUGGACUUUAACUUCCUCAACAACAAACCUGUUUCUCUGGGACAGGCCCUGGAGGUGGUCAUACAGCUGCAGGAAAAGCAUGUGAAAGACGAGCAGAUAGAGCACUGGAAGAAAAUUGUAAAGACUCAAGAGGAGCUGAGAGAUCUUCUCAACAAGAUGGUGAGUACUAAGGAACGAGUGAAGGAGCUCCAUCAGCAGUAUAAAGAAGCCAGUGAGGUCAAACCACCCAGAGAUAUCACAGCCGAGUUCCUGGUGAAGAGCAAGCACCGUGACCUCACCGCACUGUGCAAAGAGUAUGAUGAGUUGGUGGAGAUGCAAGUCAAGCUGGAGGAGAAGCUGCAGGAGCUGGAGGCCAAUCCACCAAGUGAUGUUUACCUGUCAUCCAGGGAUCGGCAGAUCCUCGACUGGCACUUUGCCAACUUGGAGUUUGCCAACGCUACGCCCCUCUCCACCCUCUCUCUCAAGCAUUGGGAUCAGGAUGAUGACUUUGAGUUCACUGGCAGCCACCUCACAGUAAGGAAUGGUUACUCUUGUGUACCUGUGGCCCUGGCUGAAGGCUUGGACAUCAAACUAAACACAGCAGUACGGCAGGUCCGAUAUACAGCCUCGGGCUGUGAGGUGAUAGCAGUCAACACUCGCUCAACGACCCAGACGUUCAUCUACAAGUGUGAUGCUGUGUUGUGUACCCUGCCUCUGGGUGUGCUGAAGCAGCAGCCCCCCGCUGUGCAGUUUGUUCCCCCGCUGCCUGAGUGGAAGACAUCUGCCAUACAGAGGAUGGGCUUCGGCAAUCUCAACAAGGUGGUGUUGUGCUUCGACCGCGUGUUCUGGGAUCCCAGCGUCAACCUGUUCGGUCAUGUCGGCUCCACCACAGCAAGUCGGGGCGAACUCUUCCUCUUCUGGAACCUCUAUAAAGCCCCAAUCCUACUCGCUCUGAUGGCUGGUGAGGCUGCUGGCAUCAUGGAGAACAUCAGCGAUGACGUGAUUGUCGGACGCUGCCUGGCCAUUCUCAAAGGAAUAUUUGGAAGCAGCGCUGUUCCACAGCCAAAGGAAACUGUGGUCACACGUUGGCGUGCGGACCCCUGGGCACGGGGCUCCUACUCGUACGUCGCAGCAGGCUCUUCGGGGAACGACUACGACCUCAUGGCGCAGCCCAUCACACCUGGCCCUGCUAUACCGGGAGCCUCACAGCCUGUCCCUCGUCUCUUCUUCUCCGGGGAGCACACAAUCAGGAAUUACCCCGCCACGGUCCACGGUGCCCUGCUCAGCGGGCUCCGCGAGGCCGGACGCAUUGCAGAUCAGUUCCUGGGUGCCAUGUACACGCUGCCCCGACAGGCCACUCCCACAACUGCCAGCAACCCUCAGCAGUCCCAGCCCGCCGCCAGCGUCUGAAAUGGCCUCUCCCAGUUCCUGCCAACACUGGACACUCACACCUACCUACAACUACAGCAUUUUUUGAGAAAAUACAAAAAAGUUUACUCAUAAGUUGUUGAUAUUACUGUAUGUGAAAGUUCGUGGAAGUCCCACACACAACUUAGCAUCUUUGGAUUUACUCAAAAAAAAUGAUACUUUGAGGAUUUAUUUUGUGGCUCUACAUACAAUGUGAAAUUCCUUCACUGGAAUUGAAUUCGGGGAUGUUUGUGAUAGUAAAACAUGGAGACACAUGCAGUCUACUACAAAGACUCUGCAAAGAAUAAAGAAUAAAUCCCAGUAUUGUUACAUUCUAAUGUAAUAACUCUUCUAUGACUUUAUAAAUAUGUGAUUUUCCAGUCUUAAAACCAGAAGAAUUGCAUUACGUUUGGUACUCAUCCAGUGUUUUCAGUUCCUCAUGGAGCGUGUCUGCAAGACCCACCAUGUAUUUAUGUGCCCCUGUCUAAAUACUAAAUGUACACACAGCAUAACAUAUAAGACAGAUGACCGACACAGUAGCACAGACUUGGUCCACUAAAACUGUUCUGCUUAUCCAAGCAGAAGACAUCGCUCCGGUGUCGUUCCAGAGGCCUCGUCUUGGUUGUCUUAAAACAUUUGCUGUGUACUGUAGCUGUUUGCCUCCUAAAUUUACUUUCUACCAUUUAGGUUGCAGAGUUUAGUGAAAAUAGUUUGUAUCAAAAGCUAAUAUGACAGAUGUGUUGAAAGAAUUUUGAAUGUUUUUUUGUUUCAAUAGCAGUUUAAGUAUUUUAUUAUGGUCGCCAUCACAUGCUUUUUUUAUAUAUAUUGUCAAUUGUUUCGUUAUUAAAAAAAAGAAAGGAA